UUUAAACUCGUCGACAUGUGAGUGAAUUUUCUUCACGUCAGUGGCUCCUCUGAGGCUGAGACGCCUGAACCCUUUUUAUUAUUUUUUUAUUAUUGUUGUUGUUGUUGUUGUUGUUGUUGUCGUUGUUGUCGAACUGUUCUCAAGGCGGCAUCGGAAGCGGCAGGUCGUGAAAACAUCCCCACUGCGUCCACUGCGAGACUGGGCAUGACGCCGCAGGCCAAGCAGAGGGUGUAGCCACAUCUGGCAGAGCGCUCGCAAGAAGCACGAGACUCGGCGCACCGAAACGUCCACCGCCGUCUGGAGAGAUGGGAGAGCCUGAGGACGAGAGGGAAAGCGACGUCGGGAAGCUCUUCGAGGACUUCGUCCAGGCUUCCAGCUGUAAGGGAACGCUGCAGGCCUUCAACAUCCUGUGUGGACAGUUGGACCUCGACCCCGCCGACCACGGCACCUUCUACGAAUGUCUGAAGGCCGAGGUCACCUCCUGGAAAGCCAAAGCGCUAUGGAGCAAGCUGGACAAGAGGAUGUCCCACAAGGAGUACAGGAAAGGUGACGCCUGUGUGGCCACCAAGUGCCUCAUCAUCGGAGGAGGUCCGUGCGGCCUGCGCACAGCCAUCGAACUCGCCUUGAUGGGGGCCAAAGUGGUGGUGAUCGAAAAGAGGGACUCCUUCUCCAGGAACAACGUGCUGCACCUUUGGCCCUUCACCAUCCAUGACCUGCGGGGCCUCGGGGCCAAAAUGUUUUACGGCAAAUUCUGUGCCGGGGCCAUAGAUCACAUCAGUAUCAGGCAGCUGCAGCUGAUGCUGUUGAAGGUGGCCCUCAUCGUCGCAGUGGAGUUUCACAUCAAUGUGGAGUUUGUCAAGAUGCUGGAACCUCCUGAGCACCAAGAGAAUGAAGGGCCGGGGUGGAGAGCCGCAAUCCGACCUGCUGAUCACCCCGUGGCUGACUUUGAGUUUGACGUGGUGGUGGGGGCCGACGGGCGCAGGAACACGCUGGAAGGUUUCAAGAGAAAAGAUUUUCGGGGCAAGCUGGCGAUCGCCAUCACCGCCAACUUCAUCAACAGGAACACGACAGCGGAGGCCAAGGUGGAGGAAAUCAGCGGCGUGGCCUUCAUCUUCAACCAGAAGUUCUUUCUUGACCUCAAAGAAGAAACAGGGAUCGACCUGGAGAACAUUGUGUACUACAAGGACAACACGCACUACUUUGUCAUGACUGCAAAGAAACAGAGCCUGCUGCAUAAAGGAGUUGUCAUGAAAGAUUACACGGAGACGCAGAGGCUGCUGAGCAGCGAUAACGUCAACCAGGAAGCUCUCCUGUGCUACGCUCGAGAGGCUGCCGACUUUGGUACCAACUACCAGCUUCCCACUCUGGACUUCGCCAUAAACCACUGCGGGCAGCCGGAUGUUGCCAUGUUCGACUUCACCAGCAUGCACGCCUCCGAGAACGCCGCUCUGGUCAGGGAGCGGUUUGGACACCAGCUGCUGGUUGCACUAGUGGGUGAUAGCCUGUUGGAGCCUUUCUGGCCCAUGGGGACCGGCUGCGCUCGAGGCUUUCUGGCUGCCUUUGACACGGCUUGGAUGGUGAAGAGCUGGGCUCAGGGUCGAACAGUACUUGAGGUGCUGGCAGAGAGGGAAAGCAUUUACAGGUUGCUGCCACAAACGACACCUGAAAACAUUGCCAAAAACUUGGAACUGUACACCAUCGACCCAGCGACGAGAUACCCCAACCUCAUUUCCUCAUGCGUCAGGCCUCACCAGGUGCGUCACCUGUACUUGAGUGGAGAGCUGAAUCCGUGCUCUCUGGAGCGUGCCGCCUCCAUCCGUCGACCUGUUAAUAUCUGCAGACGAGAUUCUGAGAUCAGACCUGCGAGGCUUCUCACGUGGUGCCAGAAACAGACGGAAGGUUACAGGAACGUAACAGUCACAGACCUGACGGUCUCUUGGACUAGCGGCCUCGCCUUGUGUGCUUUGAUCCACAGGUUCAAACCCCACCUGAUAGACUUUGAGUCAUUAAAUGAGGAAAACCAGGCCGACAACCUCCAGCUGGCUUUUGACAUCGGAGAGCGGGAAUUUGGGAUCAGACCAUUCGCAUCCGUGAAAGAGCUGAGCGGCUCCCUGGAGCCGGAGAAGACCAAAAUCAUCAACUACCUAUCCAAAUUCUACGAACUCUUCCGAGGCACACCUUUACCUGAUGCAGGCUCCAGACGAGUGGAUGAAAACAGUGAAGAUUAUCCAUCUAAGGAAGUCCGAAGUAAUAAUAAUGUUCUUAACCUUGCUCUGCCAAGGAAACGAGUUCCUAAGGAUGAGAAAAAGACAGACGGUACAGACUCCAUUUACAAAAGGAGGAGAACAUUUUGCGCUUACUCGGAGGAGGCCACCAUUUUGUCCACUAAAGGGACUUCAAUGUGGGAUGGAAGGGAACCCAAAGAAAACAAAGUGCGCUCAAUGGCUACACAGUUACAGGCCAAAAUUGAGAGCACAACAAGCUACACUCAAAGGAAACUGUCAGAGCGUUCCUCCCCUCUUCAAACUCUCGACCCUGCCGAGUGUGCGCGCUUAAGAUUAUCGCCUCCCAUCCCGCCCAAGCCUCCACCUGAGAUCCAGUUUCAAGUCAGUAUCAGACGCGCGGCACGAAACUUAGUCCCCGCGGAGCUUCGACCCAACGCCCGCGAGCUCCCGCCUCAGCCUCCUUGCCGCUUCUCUGUCGUGAAACUCAGACCCGUGCUUCAGACACACGAGCGGACCGAGAUCUCGCCAGAAUCCGAGAGUGAAGUGCGCACCGCUCCCGCCGUCCACUCGGCGGUCGCGUUCAUGUCCAGAGUUCUGCGGCGCCUCAAGGAGGUGGAUGAACUCAUCUGUGAGAAAAAAGCUCAGUCACGACAAACUAGAGAGUUUCAGUCAAAGAGCAUAAAGGAGAAAGCAGUUCACCUCAGCGGUUUGAUCUCAGCAGACAGCUCUGUUGUUAUCAAGGGCAGCUCGGUCCAAAGGGCGUUCCCCCAGUCUGGUGAAAAGUGUCACUCAUGCCAGCGGCGUGUUUAUUUGGUCGAGAGGAUUUGUGCGGAGGGCUUCUGCUUCCACAGGGAGUGCUUUCGCUGCACCACCUGCAGCUCUGCCCUGCGCCAGGGAUCGCAUGCCUUUGACUCUCAACACGGUAAAUUGUACUGCAAGCUUCACUUUGAUCAACUUAACAACGGGAAAAGACUGCACAGGAAUGUGUCUCCACGCUCGAAUCAUUUUGGAAGGCGUUUUGAGGGUCGAUGUGCGGCUGUUGAAGAGAGCGCCUCCUCCGGCUGUACAGCGGCUCUGCAGAGCCAGCCCGCCGCAGGUACCUUCAGCUCUUUGGUGAGGAAGCAGCUGAGCAGACCCCUGAGUGUGGCGCGUGCCGUGUGUAGCGCUCCCAGGCGUGUGUGCCGCCGGGUGCGCGGGGCAGCACGGGCCUUCGCUAGCCACCUCAGGGACAACGUCCAGGACUACGCCUUCCUGUACGAGCUGCUGAGCUUGAGCUUGCCCUUGCUGCUCGUCUUAUACGACGUUCUGCUGCAGAUGCAAACGGAGGCCGUGCCCCGCGGGCCGGGCUCUCGGGUUCUGUGGGUCUAGGAGAUUUAUCGGGCCCGGGGUCGACACCCAAAUCUAAACCAGCACCAAGGUGCUUGUUAGUUUCAAUGCAGCUCUGCACACCUUUUUUUUUAAGCCAUGGUGAAUAAGGAUGCACCAAAUACAUAACAUAAACUAAUACCAUAAUUGCCAAAGUCAUUUUGAAUGUUUUCAGAAAACGAGAAAAAACAACAAAUUAAAAGCCUUUAUUCAAUCUUUGCGAUUACCAUGACCUGGAUGAUAUAAAAUAUAUUUUGUAUUUUUCACGA